GGAGCCUUCAGACGCAAAAACGGCACUGAGUGAAAAAUCCCAGGGGCCCAAGUGACUCAUCCUCAGGUGCAGGACACUCAGGGUGCAGAGGGGAGAUGCUGCUGAUACUGGUGACACUGCUCGGCUGUGUCCUUGCAGCUGACGCUUGUCUGCAGUGUGACCGCAGGGUUCGACUCCUGCAUGAAGACUUAGCCCUGUCUGCCCCCACUGUGGCCGACCAGAUUGAAAUAACAAAGAUUUGCGACCACGCGUAUGUGACCUACAGAGACACCAGCAGGGAGCGAAAAGGAGUCAUCGAUCACACUACUCUGUACAGAGCCAGCACUGAGUACCACAGUGAAUUUGACAAAUUUCUGAAAACCCAUCACUCUGGACCUGUAACAUUUGAAGCCAUUCAGAUCAUGGAGAAGGGCAGGAGGAUCUUAGAGAAACACUUGGACGCCUUCAUCCGUGAUGGAUUGUGCCCCAACAUGUGUGGCCUCCUGAACCGGAGAGUAAUGGAUUGCUUCUCUUGCCGGUACAAGAUAUACGUCUGUGCGUCUCCCUCUGGCCAGCAGGAUUGCGGUGAGCACCGAGUGCAGGCCGAGGAGGGAGGCCAGGCCGUGUUGGACUGUUUUCUCCCAUGGCAUCGACUUCUGUUGGGAAAACCCGAGUAUCACUACUCCUGGGCUCCGGGAGAGCCUGGAACUGAAAAGCUGAACGAGACCGACUUCAAAGGGUUGGUAGUGACAGAUGAGUCAUCCGUGGUCUUAAAUCAGCUGCAUGUGGAGGAACAAGGGACGUAUCGCUGCUCGCUGCAGGGACAAAAUGGAACCGUCUUCUAUCGAGUCACUUUCCUGCUCACUGUCGUAACUUUGCCUGACGAGCCUCAACAACCCCCUGCCACUCUGCCCACGCUGCCUCACGGUGACGAAUACUCAAGUGUUCAGCCCACCGAGGAUAUGCUGGUGGCUCUCAUCGCCACGGUUACUGCUCUGAGUCUGGCGGCGAGCGUCUGCCUCAUAGUCAUCCUGAGAACGCUGAUGAAGCAGCGGUGGAGCCGCAAAGGAGGCGGACGGAGGGGAAAAACCACACAAAGCACAGCGUGACGACAACACUGUAUAAACACACUUUAAUGGUUUUACUCACUUCAGGUUGUACAUUUCGCUUUGUGGUUCAAUAAAUUUCCCAAGUAAAAGUGUGAAGUUAUGUCUAGAGAAGAGGUGGAAGUGAGAAUACAUGUUGACAACACACACAUUGACUUUAUUCACAUCAUAUUUCCAUGUAACUUUAUUACAAACUUCAUCACUUUCUUUGUACAGGGGUCUGAUUAAAUGAAGUGUUCUCUAUCAUGAUGAGAGUGAUGUGAUUAAGUAAAGUUAAACUAUCACAUAAAUAUACACUAAACACACAAGUUUUAUUAACAGGUUUAUACAUAGUUAUUUGAUUUAUUAACACUAACUCACCAUGAUAAAUAACACUUUACAUUGAUCUUAUCUGAUGACGUUGCAUGGAAAUUUAUAAUUGUAAACAAAGUCAGUGUGUAAGCAUGAGGCCUCACGAGGCAGGAACUAUUUAUAAAAGAACGUUGUUCAUCUUUAACCAAAUAAGAGUCAUGGAUCGACGCUGUGCAACAUGAUGAGUCAUAGAACUCAUAAAACAAAAAGUUUGAGGUGCAGUUUAAAACCCACAACACAAACCCACAGUAAAAAGAAAGACAGAAACCACUCAACUUUCCAGCACCAGCUUGCCUGCAGUGAUCUGACCCUGGCAGGGACAUGUCCGCCCUGAAUGGGGAGACGCCGUUGUCACGUGGGCGUUUAUGAUAGGAAUCAGGGAUGAGGUAAAUCUCCCGGAUUAUGUGUUUUCCUGAGAUUAAUAGCUCCAGCCAUCCAAUUAAUCCUGGAUAAUCCCCCUGUGGGAGAGGGAGGGCAGUUGCCGUGGAUGGGGUAAAAGCUGGCAGCAGAUGUUUUCAUCAGGGUUUUCUUUCAAUGUUUAUUUACUCAUAUUCAUACUCAUUCAUUCACAGACUAGGUAAGGACUCUUCUUUUGAAUCGCUCGUCAGUGGCAUGUCACUGUUUUCUUACAACACCACACAACCAACAGACUUUAUUGCUUCAUUAUUUCCUGCUGUCUGUCUGUGUCUAUAUACGUUUUGAUGACAUCAGCUGCUUCUGAUUAAAAAAUAGUCACCCUCUAUUUGCACAAGUUGUGUCAUGAUCUCUGCCACCUCCCCAGCUUCCGCUCCACAAGUCUGUCGCUCAACACUCAGCAUAUUUCUGCAAAUUCCUCUCUCAUGAGGUAUUCGCUAUGAUCACCUCGCCCCCAUCUUGAUGUAAAAGUGUAAUUUCCUGUGAUAGACGUCAUCAACAAUAACACACUCAUCCCAUCUCUGGGCAUCGUGUCAGGCCUAAUGUGGUUGAUUGUUUGCUAACUUGACAGCACUUGACUUACCUACCUGGGAAAAAGAAAAUUCGCACCAAAUGAAAAUGAAAGCAGGUUUUUCAUAGUUUAUGAGUCACCACAUCCAGGGAGUUGGUAAAUAAAUCGUGAAUCAGGUGUUUCAGGGGAAUUUCAUCCAAACCUUUGUGAAUCAGAGGCAGUCGGGUUGUAAUGGUGCAACACAAAGGGUUGGGGGGUGGCUGAGGCCUGCACAGGUGAUGACAGGAUGCAUGUGCGGGGUUGUUUCCUGUCAGACUGCUGAUAUGUGGGUGAACGUUGGUAAAAAAAAGGAGUUUCUUUAAGACGCUGUCACACAGAGACGCUCACGUCACAAUGUUCCAACCCAACACCACUUCACCGUGGGUUUAAAUGUGUGUGUUCAGGCCCAAAGUGCAGGUUGAGGCCACAGUAAAUGCAGGCUCAGCAGCUCAUACUGACAGCCUUGAUGAACUGUGGUACCAAAAUGUAUGUCUUUGUGUGUACAGUGGUGUGUGUGUGUGUGUGUGUGUGUGUGUGUG